AUGGCUUCCCCAGACUCAUGUGAUUCAGCUGCAUUUACCAUCAAGCUACCGAAUGUCUCGGGCGAGACUAUCGCAGUCAAAGUCGGCCUCCAAAUCGUCGACGUACACAAGGAUCUCAUCAGCAGCAGCUCCGAAUACUUCAGAAAAGCCAUUAGUCACGAGUCGAUGUUAUCUCACAGGUUCAUCGAUCUGUCCGACGAAAAGCCUCAUGAUUUCGAAAUAUACUGUCAAUGGCUAUAUACUCGAGUCCUUGACGCGAAACUAGACCAUCACGAUGGAUUCAGUUACCUUGCUCGGAUGUAUGUCUUGGGAGAAAAGUUGAUCGACCGCACAUUCCAGAACGAUGUCGUCGACGCCAUAAUCUACCGCCAUAUCACUGCGCGACUGAUUCAAAAGCGCCUGAGCUACAAAGUACCUGAUCUGGGAGCUAUCGGAAUCAUCUACAAGGGCGCUCCGAGGAAAGCCCCGGUGAUACGUCUCCUAGUGGAUCUGUGGGCUUUCAACAUGGACUCCUCCUGGGUCACGAAGACGAGACUUCGAGCGCCAGAGAACAAACCCUUUCUGGAUGACCUCUUACCGGCACUGUUAGACAGGCGAGGACUGCCUGAAGCUUCCCAAGCUAGGCCAUGGAUCUCGCAACGAAGUUCCUAUUACAACCAGGGUGUCGUGAUCAAGAGCGAGACACCGGAAGACAGGGGCGACGAGGCGAUCUCUGAGCCUUCCAUCAAGGGUGAGCCUUUCGCUGAGGAGGAAGCUUUUGUUAAGAACGAGCCUUACGUCGAGGAUGAAGCUCACAUCAAGCAAGAGCCUUCCCUGAUAGAUGAGCCCUUUAUCAAGGAAGAGCCUUCUAGUGAGAAAGAUAUUUUCAGCGAAGAAGAAUCUUCCAGCGAAGAUGAGUCUUCCAGCGAGGAUGGAUCUGCCAGCGAGGAUGAGCCUUCCAACAAGACUGACCCUUCCGUCCAGGAGGUGGACGUCAUUGAUGCAUUCUGGGGCAUGUAG